UGGGCGGCAGCCGGACCCCGGCCCGCCCGGCAGCGCCUCCGCCACCGCCGCCCGCCCGGGGCCGCUUCGGCGGCCAGCGGAGCCCCCGCCAGCCAUGGAGCUCUCCCUGCGGCUGCUCCUGGCGUCCUGCCUCUCCCUAGGGGCGGCCGGGGAGUUUGACAGAAGGUGGCCCAGACAAAUAGUCUCGUCUGCAGGACUGUGUCGGUUUGGAAGCAGAAUUGACUGCUGCUGGGGCUGGGCCCGAGUGGCCUGGGGACAGUGCCAACCGUUCUACGUCUUAAGGCAGAGAAUAGCCAGCCUAAGGUGCCAGCCCAAAGCGAUAUGCCAGCCAGGGUGCAAACACGGUGAAUGCAUUGGGCCAAAUAAGUGUAAGUGCCACCCGGGAUACACUGGAAAAACCUGCAACCAAGAUCUGAAUGAGUGCGGGCUCAAGCCGCGGCCGUGCAAGCACCGGUGUAUGAACACCUUCGGCAGCUACAAGUGCUACUGCCUGAACGGCUACAUGCUUAUGCCAGAUGGAACCUGCUCAAAUGCCCUUUCUUGCCUGAUGGCAAACUGUCAGUACGGCUGUGACGUGCUCAAAGGGGAAGUGCGCUGCCGCUGUCCUUCUCCAGGGCUGCAGCUUGGGCCUGAUGGCAGGACUUGUGUAGAUAUUGAUGAAUGUGCUACUGGRAGAGUUCUCUGUCCACGGUUUAGGCACUGUGUCAAUACUUUUGGGAGCUACAUUUGCAGGUGUCAUAAAGGCUUUGAUCUGAUGUACAUCGGAGGCAAAUACCAGUGUCAUGAUAUAGAUGAGUGUUCCCUUGGCCACCAUCAGUGUGGUAGUUUUUCACACUGCUACAAUACUCCAGGAUCCUACAAAUGCAAAUGUAAAGAAGGAUACAGAGACAAUGGAACAAACUGCAUACAAAAGCCGGCGACCAGGCCGACGACUUGGCCGACACCCGUGCCAACAACUCGGCCAACAACUCGGCCAGCACCCGCGCCAAUGACUCAGCCAGCACCUGGGCCAACAACCCGGCCAACAGCUCCUCCUACACCCAGGCCAACUCAGCCUGCACCCAGGACAACGCCUCAGCUGACACCAAAGCCAACCACAAGGUACGUGCCAGUGACAAGGCUGGUCACAACACCGGUGACGAAGCUUCCACCUCCAACACCACCUCAGCCUACAAUAAGACCUACGCUACCACCACAAACAACUCCUCUGGUAACAACUGAAGAGCCUUCGUACGUUCCCGUCGAAACGACAUCUUCCCAAGGAAUUAUAGAUGACAACAGGAUCCAGCCUGAACCCCAGAAGCCCCGAGGAGAUGUGUUCAUUCCACGCCAGCCUGGAGUGAGCAAUAAUCUGUUUGAAAUACUUGAAAUUGAAAGAGGGAUUACAGCUGAUGAAUUUGAAGCAAACGAUGACCCAGGUGUGCUGGUGCACAGCUGUAAUUUUGAUAGUGGACUCUGUGGAUGGAUGAAGGACAAAGACGAUGACUUGCACUGGGAACCAGUGAGAGAUGCAUCAGGGGGACAGUAUCUUACCAUCUCUGAUCACAAAGGCAAAGAAGGAAGAGUGGCACAUCUUAUCCUGCCGUUAGGUCACAUGGAUCAGGCUGGAGACUUGUGCCUGUCCUUUCGGCAUAAAGUGCCUGGGCUGCAUUCUGSUGCCCUCCAAGUCUUUGUGAGGAAAAAUGGUGCUCAUGGCCCAGCUGUCUGGGGGAGAAAUGGUGGCCAUGGCUGGAGACAGACACACAUAACCCUACGAGGAYUUGGCAUCAAGAGUGUUAUUUUCAGAGGCGAGAAAGGGAGAGGAAGAGCUGGGGAUAUUGGACUAGAUGAUGUGGUCCUGAGGAGAGGACACUGCUCUGAAGAGCAUUAGCCAAGACAGUGGACCAGCACAGUCAUCUCCUCUUGUCCUUCUCUUGCAGUUCCUACCAAACUUUGAARCAGAGCUGCAUAGUUUUCCAUGAAGAAGAAAAAGUGGGAGACCAACAACUUCUUUGUGGUCUGCUAAGUGCAAUCUCAUGGAAAUUUCACUUAAAUACAUGGAGAACACCUCCCAGGACUGAGGAAAUCCAGUCUCCGGGCUGGUUCUUUCUGUUAAUCCUUACCCCUAAAUAAUAUUUUKUAUGUAAUAACUUUGUCACCCAUUAAGUCUGGUGAGUGCUCACAGGAASAGCACUUGUGAAAAAGGGAGAAUUAAUUACAAAUGGUGGCAAAACAAAGCUCAAUCUCAAAGUUUCAGUGUUGACUGACAGUCGUUAUCUUCCCAUAGUGCUACUCUUUCACAUUGAUUUGUGUGAGUCACAUUGGAUUAGUAAAAGCCUGGACSUGAACUUUGGCUUACUGCCACUGACAUUUGAAGAAGGGUUUGUCAUAUAUGAAAAUGCAUUUAUUUUGCUGUUGCAUCUGUAUUAACCAAAACCAGUUAWCUAGAGUAGGCAUUGCAUCCUGUAAUAUUUCUACUGAUGUGUUUUGUGUAUAUGUGUAUGGUAAACCUAUUUAUGUUUUUAAUAUUUACAGACUAGUUGCAAGGUAAUUGGCAGCUGUACUUUCUUUUUGWGCAAGACAGGARUUCAGCAUCUCCUUCAGUCCCGCUGGUCAUGCCAAGUUACCAAAGUCAGUCRAUGGUGCUCACUGAACACUGCUGGUGCAGUUUUUCAUGUUGUCAUGUCCUGGAGGCAAAAGACCAAACACGUACCUGAUGUAAACUGGCAGCUGAUGCCGUACAAGUUUGCAUUGAGCUCAAUCCUGCAAGAAGCUCCUGGUUCAGCUGAAGACUGAGCAGCCAGGAGAAGAUGAACUUGGAUCUUGUAAAGCUGAGACUGUUGGCACCCCAAGGAAUGUUCCCUUCCCGCAGGGAGCGCACACCUACGCAUAAGGAAAGAGGGCAGCUGCAUUAACACUGUACAAACAACUCCGACCGUGAAAUGCCUCGAGUGAUCUUUGUCAAAUGUCCAUAUGCCACCCMACCUUCUGUAUAUAACAAAUAUUUUAUUCUUUAGAACUAGAACAACUAUUAGCUCUAGUUGGAACAAAGUAUUUAUCAAAACUUUGUACUAAUUUUAUAGUUACGUAUCAUGCGUGUGCUGUGCAGUUUCCCAGGGAGUUCUUCUGUUUGGUUUGGAAUUAAGUGAGCAUYAUUAUCAUCAUCACUACUAGUAAUUCUAAAAUUGACAAUUGUAGCCUUUAAGAAAAUGACGAAAGAUUGGUAAAAUGUUGUUAGUGGUGCCUUAAAGCUUCAAAAUAUAUAUAGAAGAAAUAGAUCCCAGUUCUUUUAAAUACUUAAAUAGUGUAAAAUAAAUGUCAGCUGCAUAUCAUAUUCAGUCUUGUACAAAGGUCACAGAGAUUGAUUUGCAAGACCUYAGAGGUCUUAUUCCAAAGCCCUGUUUCUGAAAAAGUACUAGUCUGAAAAUACUUUUCCCAUCCUUGAUCCCCUUGAACAAAAUAAAAUGUGUAGAGUAGAAGUGUAUGUGAUUAGAGUCUCCUUCCAAACUGCAUCAGCAAACAUUUUGAAAAGGAAAAAAGCAAUGCAUUUGUAAACAUUAAAUUUUAAACUAUUUUGCUUCAAGUAUGAUUGUCAUAUUUUUCUCUUAUGUUACUUUGUGAUAUGUCAGAAAUAUCUGUGAAUAAUUGAAAUACCUUGUUUUUAUUUUAAAGUAUUCAGUAAAGGAAACUUACU